GCCUGCAUACAGCUGUGUUCAAGAGUGAAGCGAAUUUAGAGCGGGAAAGAUUUACAACCACAUCAAGUUACCUUUUUUAAUCCUUUUUCUGAACAAGGGGACCAUUCAAGUUGUACGCUAGACUGAGCUUGAGAAGAAACGGAGGACAAAAGUGUAUUCAGCCUCUGGAAAAGGUGAAAAUACACGAGUAUUAUGUCGGGGAGCGAAGAUGAUAGAGAUGAUUUUGGACACAAUGAAGACCGGUCCAUGAUGCAAGAUGAAGAGGACCUGGAGGAGGACAUGUCGGAGAAUGAAGCGCCCAAGGUGAAGAAGAAGAAGAAAGCGAAGAAGAGUCGUGAAAGCAAAAGCAACAAGAGGCAGCGGCAGCGCAGAGAGGACUUGGCUGUCAGUUCUCCGGAGGCUGGGGAGGGGCCUGAUGUGGACGAGGGAGACGAGGAUGGAGGAGGGGUGCGCUCAGACAGCGAGGGGAGUGACUACACCCCUGGCAGAAAGAAGAAGAAACGAGCAAGCUCCUCGAAAGACAAGAGAAGGAGCAACGCCGGGGACCGGGCCGCCGCUUCGGCCGUCACCAAGAGGAAAGAGCUUGAGGAAGAGGAUGAGGAAGAUGAUGACGACAGCCAGGAACCGAAGACCUCCUCUCAGCUCCUGGAUGCCUGGGGGAUGGAGGACAUCGACCAUGUCUUCACUGAGGAAGACUACCGAUCCCUGACCAACUACAAGGCCUUCAGCCAGUUUGUCAGGCCUCUGAUAGCGGCUAAAAACCCGAAGAUCGCCGUUUCAAAGAUGAUGAUGGUUCUCGGUGCUAAGUGGCGGGAGUUCAGCACUAACAACCCCCUCCGUGGCUCGGCUACUGCGAAUGCUGCCCUGGCCGCGGCUAACGUGGCGGCUGCCGUGGACAACAUGGUUACCAGUGGCACGGAAACGCCUGCUUCCACACCCAGUGUGCCCCCUGCCCCCGAACCUCAGCCUCCACCUGCACCUCCUCUCCGCAAGGCCAAGACCAAAGAAGGCAAAGGUCCAAAUGCUCGUAAGAAAUCCAAACCAGCUCCAAAGCCUCAGGAGAAGAAAGUGAAAACCAAGAAAGUCGCUCCUUUGAAGAUUAAACUCGGAGGCUUCAACAGCAAGAGGAAACGCUCCUCUAGUGAGGAGGAUGAUGUGGAUGCGGACAGUGACUUUGAUGAUGGCAGUAUGAACAGCGUGUCUGUGUCUGAUGGCUCCAACAGCCGCAGCAGCCGCUCCAAGAAGAAGCCCAAGACCACCAAGAAGAAGAAAAGAGUGGAUGAGGAUGGGGACGGCUACGAGACAGAUCAUCAGGAUUACUGUGAGGUGUGUCAGCAGGGUGGGGAGAUCAUUCUGUGUGACACCUGUCCCAGAGCCUAUCACAUGGUCUGUCUGGACCCUGACAUGGAGAAGGCCCCUGAGGGCACCUGGAGCUGCCCACACUGCGAGAAGGAGGGCAUACAGUGGGAGGCACGUGAGGAGGGCUCUGACGGUGAGGAGGAGAAUGAAGGAGACAGGGGAGAAGCUGAAGAGGAUGACCAUCAUAUGGAGUUCUGCCGCGUGUGCAAGGAUGGAGGAGAGUUGCUGUGCUGUGACUCCUGCCCUUCAUCCUAUCACAUCCACUGUCUCAAUCCUCCUCUGCCUGAGAUACCCAAUGGAGAGUGGAUCUGCCCCCGCUGCACUUGUCCUGCCUUGAAGGGUAAGGUGCAGAAGAUUUUGACCUGGCGAUGGGGCGAUCCUCCUCCUCCCACCCCUGUACCACGCCCCCCUGACCUUCCAGCUGACGCCCCUGACCCCGCCCCGUUGUCCGGCCGCCCUGAGAGGGAAUUCUUCGUCAAAUGGCACAACAUGUCAUACUGGCACUGCUCUUGGGUGUCUGAGCUACAGCUGGAGCUGCACUGCCAGGUGAUGUUUAGAAACUACCAGCGCAAGAACGACAUGGACGAGCCACCGCCCAUCGAUUUUGGAGGGGAUGGAGAUGAAGACAAGAGUGAGAAGAGGAAAAAUAAAGACCCAAUCUAUGCUCAGAUGGAGGAGAAAUACUAUCGCUUCGGGAUCAAGAUGGAGUGGAUGAUGAUCCACCGCAUCCUCAACCACAGUGUGGAUAAGAAGAAUAACGUUCACUACCUGAUCAAAUGGAGGGACCUGCCCUAUGACCAGGCCACAUGGGAGUCUGAAGACAUGGACAUUCCUGACUUUGACGCUUAUAAACUGCAGUACUGGAACCACAGGGAACUGAUGAUGGGAGAUGAGGGCAAGCCAGGAAAGAAGCUGAAGAUUAAGGGCAAAAUGAAGAGAUUAGACAGACCUCCAGAGAACCCUGUGGUGGAUCCCACCAUAAAGUUUGAGCGUCAGCCAGACUACCUGGACUCUACAGGUGGGACUCUCCACCCAUACCAGUUGGAGGGGCUAAACUGGCUGCGCUUCUCCUGGGCUCAGGGAACAGACACUAUCCUGGCCGACGAGAUGGGUUUGGGCAAGACUGUCCAAACUGCUGUGUUCCUCUAUUCCCUCUACAAAGAGGGUCAUUCAAAGGGGCCGUUCUUGGUCAGUGCCCCUCUCUCCACCAUCAUUAACUGGGAGCGUGAGUUUGAGAUGUGGGCUCCAGACAUGUAUGUGGUGACGUAUGUGGGAGACAAGGACAGCAGGGCCGUUAUCAGGGAGAACGAGUUCACCUUCGAGGACAACGCCAUCCGCGGAGGAAAGAAAGCCUCCAGGAUGAAGAAAGAGGCCGCGGUGAAGUUCCACGUGCUGCUGACGUCCUAUGAGUUGAUCACUAUAGACAUGGCCAUACUGGGCUCCAUAGACUGGGCCUGUCUGGUGGUGGACGAGGCUCACAGACUCAAAAACAACCAGUCUAAGUUUUUCAGGGUGUUGAACAACUAUCCGCUCCAGCAUAAGCUGCUCCUGACAGGAACUCCUCUCCAGAACAAUCUGGAGGAGCUCUUCCACCUCCUCAACUUCCUCACCCCCGAGAGAUUCAGUAACCUUGAGGGUUUCCUGGAGGAGUUUGCGGACAUCGCUAAAGAGGACCAGAUUAAGAAACUCCAUGACAUGCUGGGUCCACACAUGCUGAGACGACUGAAGGCCGAUGUGUUUAAACACAUGCCGUCCAAAACCGAGCUCAUCGUCCGAGUGGAACUCAGCCCCAUGCAGAAGAAAUACUACAAGUUCAUCCUGACACGAAACUUUGAGGCUCUGAACACUCGUGGAGGGGGAAACCAAGUGUCCCUGCUCAACGUGGUCAUGGACCUGAAAAAGUGCUGUAACCAUCCCUACCUUUUCCCUGUUGCCGCAAUGGAGGCUCCAAAGAUGCCCAAUGGGAUGUAUGAAGGCAGUGCCCUGGCUAAAGCUGCCGGGAAACUGCUGCUACUGCAGAAGAUGCUGAAAAAACUCAAGGAAGGAGGACAUAGGGUUCUCAUUUUCUCUCAGAUGACUAAGAUGUUGGACUUGCUGGAGGAUUUCCUGGAGCAUGAGGGUUACAAAUAUGAGCGCAUCGAUGGUGGGAUCACUGGAGCCCAGAGACAGGAAGCUAUUGACCGCUUCAAUGCACCGGGAGCUGUGCAGUUUGUGUUUCUGUUGUCAACGAGGGCUGGAGGUCUGGGUAUUAACUUGGCUACUGCCGACACCGUCAUCAUUUACGACUCAGACUGGAACCCUCACAAUGACAUUCAGGCGUUCAGCAGGGCCCAUCGUAUCGGCCAGAACAAAAAGGUGAUGAUCUACCGUUUCGUCACUAAGGCGUCGGUGGAGGAGAGGAUCACUCAGGUGGCUAAGAAAAAGAUGAUGCUGACCCACUUGGUGGUCCGGCCCGGUCUGGGCUCCAAGACGGGCUCCAUGUCCAAACAGGAGCUGGACGACAUUCUGAAAUUUGGCACGGAGGAGCUCUUCAAGGAUGAGGGAGAAGGAGAGAAUAAGGAAGAGGACAGCAGUGUGAUCCACUACGACGACAAAGCCAUUGACCGUCUACUGGACCGGAACCAGGACGCCACCGAGGACACAGAGCUCCAGAGCAUGAAUGAAUACCUCAGCUCCUUUAAGGUGGCCCAAUACGUGGUAAAGGAUGAGGAUGAAGAGGAGGAGGAGGUGCAGAGGGAGAUCAUUAAGCAGGAGGAGAGCGUGGACCCAGACUACUGGGAGAAGCUCCUGCGUCAUCACUACGAGCAGCAGCAGGAGGACUUGGCGAGGAACCUGGGCAAGGGCAAACGCAUCCGCAAACAGGUCAACUACAACGACGGCUCCCAGGAGGACCGAGGUAGUAGACGGGAUUGGCAAGAUGACCAGUCUGAUAACCAGUCUGAUUACUCCGUGGCCUCAGAAGAGGGUGACGAGGACUUUGACGAGCGGUCUGAAGUGAACUCUCGUAGACCCAACAGAAAAGGCCUGAGAAAUGACAAGGACAAACCUCUGCCCCCUCUGCUGGCCAGAGUGGGAGGCAACAUCGAGGUGCUGGGUUUUAACGCCCGUCAGAGGAAGGCCUUUCUCAACGCGGUCAUGCGUUACGGCAUGCCGCCCCAGGAUGCCUUCACCACACAGUGGCUGGUCAGGGACCUGCGAGGCAAAUCAGAGAAAGAGUUCAAGGCAUACGUGUCGCUCUUCAUGAGGCACUUGUGCGAACCCGGUGCAGAUGGGGCGGAGACCUUCGCAGAUGGAGUCCCGCGGGAAGGGUUGUCACGACAACACGUUCUUACCCGUAUUGGUGUGAUGUCACUAAUCCGAAAGAAGGUGCAGGAGUUUGAACACGUUAAUGGCCAGUGGUCAAUGCCCUGGAUGAUGGAACUGGAGGAGAAUAAGAAGGCAGCCGCCGCCCACCCAGACUCGCCCGGAAAGACGCCCUCUACAGGCACACCAGCCGACACCCAACCCAACACGCCCGCCCCAGACGAAGCCUCCAAGUCGGAAGAUGCCGGAAAAGAAGUGGAGAAAGAGAAGGAGGGAGAAGCGGAGAAGGAAAGCAAAGAGCCCAAAAAGAGCACAGAGUCAGAGGUCAUUGCCAUUCCUGACGAAGACGAAAAAACGCCCUCACCCAACGAGGAGAAGGACAAACCGGCUGAAUCUACCACAGAGACAGAGAAAGCUAGCAGCGGAGAGGAGAAAGAUAAAGAAAAAGAGAAAGAGAAAACUGAGAAGGAAGGAGACAAAGAGGAGAACACUGGAGAGGCAGCAGAGGAGAACAAGUCUACAGAAGAGACCAAACCAGAGGUGUCUGAGGUCAAAAGUGAAGAGCCUGAGGUUAAAGCAGAGGAGAAGAAAGAAGAGAAAGUUGAGAAGAUGGACACCACUCCUCCUCCAGAUGAGAAGAAAGAGCAAAAGGAGGAGAAGGAGGCAGGGAAGACGGAGGAGUCAACCAAGCUGCAGAAUGGAGACAGUGCCAAAGAUGCUGCAGCAGCUGGGGGCAGUGAGGAGAAGAAGAAGGCCAAGACUCGUUUCAUGUUCAACAUCGCAGAUGGAGGAUUCACUGAAUUGCACUCCUUGUGGCAGAAUGAAGAACGAGCUGCCACAGUUACCAAGAAGACCAAUGAAAUUUGGCAUCGUCGCCAUGACUACUGGCUGCUUGCUGGCAUCAUACAACACGGCUAUGCUCGGUGGCAGGACAUCCAGAACGACGUGAGAUUCGCUAUACUCAACGAGCCUUUCAAAGGAGAGAUGAACCGAGGAAACUUCCUGGAGAUCAAGAACAAGUUCCUCGCCAGGAGAUUUAAGCUGCUGGAACAGGCCCUGGUGAUAGAAGAGCAGUUGCGUCGGGCUGCCUACCUCAACAUGUCCGAGGACCCGUCCCACCCCUCCAUGGCUCUGAACACGCGCUUCAGCGAGGUGGAGUGUUUGGCAGAGUCCCACCAGCACCUCAGCAAGGAGUCCAUGUCUGGAAACAAACCUGCCAACGCCGUCCUGCACAAAGUCCUGAAGCAGCUGGAAGAACUGCUUAGUGACAUGAAGGCAGAUGUCACCCGUCUCCCGGCAACUAUUGCUAGGAUACCACCUGUUGCCGUUAGGCUGCAGAUGUCCGAAAGGAACAUCCUGAGUCGUUUGGCCAGCCGAGGGCCGGACACACAGUCCCAGCAGGUGCCUCAGCAAUAGCCCUGUGGUUGACUUUCCCUCCUAACCCCACCCAAGCACCGCCCACCACCUCAACAUUCCCGAUUGACACCUCAGAGGACAUCUCGCCUUAGCUUGAAGCCACACCCCUUUACCUAUUAUACGGACAGGCAGUGCUUCUGUAGGCAGAAGCCUAGAGGCUGUGG